AUGGAGAAGACUGGUAGGGGCUGUGGAAGCCCUAGAGGAUACUCCCUGGCUAAAUCUUCGAAGCUCCUCAUCAGUGGAAAAGUUCGGCUGGGGACAAGCAAAUAUAAAGCAGGGGAAAGCUCCAGCCAUGAUGGGAGACGUGGGGCUAAGAAGCCAAGGAAAGCAGCUGUCCCUCCGAGCCAACCUGCCUUGCGCUCAUUGUUUAACUCCGCGGAAGUGGUUUGUAACCAGGCGCGCAGACGACGACUGGUCCUUGAGGAAGACUCGGAUGACGGGGUCUUCUCGACCGACCCUCCCGAGCAGGAAAUAACCACGCGCCGUCGUGUUCCUUCUCCUGCAGCUGAUGAUCGCCGCAAAAUCCAACAUGGCAUGCAUCCCUCUGAUGGUGCCAGGGACAUCUCUCGGACUCCCCCCACAGUUGGCAAAGGCCGAGUUCAUGAGCUCAAAGGAAAGGGACUGCUGUGUAUUGGUGUUCUGCAAAAGAACAAGCAGAAGGGCGGUACCUCCACUCUAACUCGCCUACGGAACACACAGCCUUCUCCUUUGCACCAAAGCCUGGCCUAG